GGAAGGCAGGCGUGGAGCGGAAUGGAGGAGGUCGAGUCCGUCAGCUGAUUGUGGGAGCUGACACGUUUUUUUCCUCUCAAAUUACUAACCAGUGUUUCAUCAACCUAUACAAUGUCUCUGAUGGAAGAUUGGACAAGCUAUAAUCUCUACGGUAGACAUUAGAUAGUGUAGUAAGGUAGAUGUAAAGGUUAGAAUUGGUGUGAAAACUUUCGGCCUUGGGAUGCCCGUGGAGGUGGUAGAGACAUAAACAAUGAUCAGGUUGACUGAUAUGAGGGUAUAGCAUUUCGUGGCAUGGAUAAUAGGCCUGUUAAAGUGAAUGACCCUAUUGUACUUAUCAAGAUAAUUUAUUUUUCAUGUUUGUGGUAGUGAAUAAUAAGUGCAUUAGUGAAAAUGAGAACAUCGGGGAAAGUAAGUGAGUUAUCGGGCUGUUCCGUUCGCUAUCUGGAAUGGCGAGCUUAUCAUUCCGCCCGACCGGACUGGGGUCCUACGGUAGCUUCUGCGUCAUUCCUCUCGCGGAGACUGGAUGCCUCGAAGAAUCUGUACCGCAAGGAUCUCUACGCUCACUAUGGAUGUGUCAACGCCAUUGAGUUCUCCAGGGAAGGGGAUCUAUUGGUGUCUGGAGGUGACGACCGGCGUGUGUUGCUGUGGAACGUAGACGGUGCCUUGUCUGGGAACCACCGGCCACAUACCAUGAAGGGAGAACACAACAGCAACAUCUUCUGCCUUAGUUUUGACUCCUGCAACACCAAGAUCUUCUCGGCUGGCAACGAUGAACAAGUUAUAGUGCAUGAUUUAAAAACGGGCGAGACUGUGGAUGUGUUCCUGCACCGGGAGGCCGUGUAUGGGGUGUCUGUAAGUCCGACGCACGACUCAGUCUUCGCCAGUGCUGGAGAAGACGGUCAGGUGUUGCUCUAUGAUAUGAGGGAGUCUGCUACAUCAGAUCCCGUGUGUUUGGCGCGCUAUCACGACGCCUUCCACGCUGUACAGUUCCAUCCAAUAGAAUCAGUGUUUGUAGUCACGGCUAAUUCUCGGGAAGGCGUUUCACUAUGGGACAUCCGUAAGCCCAGAAUACCUGUGCUGAGAUACGGGGAGAAGCGGUGUGCUCAGUCGUCCAUGUGUGCAAGAUUCAACCGAACGGGCAGCCAGAUCAUCGCUCUCCGUAGAAGACUUCCCCCAGUCCUCUACGACACGCACAGCUCAAAACCCGUCUGUCAGUUUGAUGCUGAACAUUACUACAACUCGUGCACAAUGAAGAGUUGUUGUUUUGCAGGCGACAACGAUCAGUUUGUUCUCUCGGGGUCGGAUGACUUCAAUCUAUACAUGUGGAAGAUACCUGAAAGUAAUAGUUCAGAUCAUUUUGUAUCCGAAGCUCACAUGGUGUUAAAAGGUCAUCGUUCCAUCGUAAAUCAAGUGCGUUUCAACCCACAGAACUUCAUCAUCGCCUCAUCAGGAGUAGAGAAGAUUGUGAAGCUUUGGAGUGGACUGUCCCUGCCUGGGUCGAAUGGGAGCCUGAGGACGAGUAAUUCCGGAAGCUUCAUGACCAGAAGAGUCUACACGCACGAGGAAUACAUUGGACUAGUUAUGGAGAGUGGCCAGGUAGUGGGGGAUGUGAAUCACGACUACAGCCACGGCAGCACGGACGAGGACCCACGCAUGAUGGCCUUCUUCGACUCCCUGGUUCAGAGAGAGGUGGAAGGCUGGACCUCCAACACGGAUCUCUCUGAUGAUAUCGACAACGAUCCACAACUCUCAGGGCACGAUGACGACGGCACAGAGACCACAACAACGCAGUCGUCCCUCUCUGUCGUUACAUCACAGUCCGAUGAUAAUGAUUCUGAUGAUGAUGAGCCCAACGGCGGCCAGGGACAAGACAGCUCCGACGAACAGCGACAGACUAGACAGAGGUCCAAUCAGCUGCUGAGGAGAAGACAGACGCGCAAUGAUCCGCCGAAAAAUGAUGAAGAUGAGGACGAUGAUGACGACGAUGACGAAGGGGACAAAGUAUCUGGAGGCAGCGAGUGGAUCAUGCGUCUCAUCGCCAAGAAGAGAGCCAAACUUAGGAUCGCCAAGCGUGCCAGAAGGAAACGCAAACACCUCAGGAGACACCGCAAGAAAGCUCAACACUUCCUCCGUUCCUUUACCACGAGCAGAAGGAGAUAUUUGUAUCGCCCAGAAGGCCAAAAUCCUAUUGAAGAUCAAGUCCGGGGUGAAUUAUCCGGUCUGCCGAGCGCCCUGGAGGACACUGCCGGAUCGGCGAGACGAAGAACGUACCGCACGAGAUACAUGGCCCCGUACACGAUCAUGGUAGUUCAAAAUACCGAGCCGGAUUCCGAACCGGACUCCGACGAACAGGACGAGGGUAAUGGUAGUGAUACGGAAGAGGAGGCUCAGACUGUGGAGCAACAGUAUAGAGAAAGUAAUGGUGGCGUUGAGAAGGGGAAACCUCUCAUCUGGUCCUCGGACAGUGAUUCCAGUACUGACGACGGCCUCUUACCUUCCAAACGAAAACGAACCAAUUUAAGUAACAGUGAUAGUGAUGAAGAAGAGUCGCCAGAGAGGAAAAAUGGACAUGUUAUAUCAGAAAUAGUUGAUUCUAACUCUAGUGAUUCAGAUGUAGAAAGAUCUAUAAUCGAUGUGACGACGCAAGAUCCGGGGAAGAAUCUGAACAGUGAAGGCACGAGCAACAGAUCUAAUUGUAUCCCUGACAUCCUAAAUGACGCCACUUUAUCAGAAAAGAGUUUCAGUGAUAGUAACGGUAUCAAUGACAUUGGUAAUGAGCUAAACAUCAGUAGUGCUGUGAGCGAUGCGGUCCCCAUCAGCAGCAUCUCGACUGACGAUAACGGCUCUCUCCUAUUUGACGCCGAUCACGGCUCGCUCGUUUCCGGUCUAGAUCUUCCAGGUGGCUUGGACGUCGCUCCUCCGUCAACCCUUAACAAAAAAAUAACGCAGAACGGGUCAAAUCAAGCUACUAACGGCGCAGCGUCCGUCAGCACACCAGACAGUGGCAUUAUAGUUCUUCCUUCUAGUACAGAAAAAAGUGAAGAUGAAAAUAGAACUGGAAAUGAAAUUGGGGGUAGCAUUAGCAUUAAUGGAACUGAAAACUCAAACUCGAGUGGGGAACAGUCCUUAGUGUUCAAAAAGCGCGUGUCUACCUGCAACCUUAGAAAUUAUCGGAGACGUAACGAGGAAGAUCUCUGAGAGGAGUCAAAUUAUUUGCCAUUGAUAUCUUUUUUUUUCUUAAUGGUCUUUGACAAUUUUUUCUAUUUCUAGAUGACUUUGAUAAUGUAUCGAGUUUGAUUUUUCAUGUUAUAAUUUUGCUUUAUAGAUAUACAGUAUAUCAGAAUUAAGAAUUUUCAUAUAGUUAAACUUAUAUACAUAUAUAGUUUAGGCCGACGGGCACUGUGUGAUAUGUGUUUUUUCUGGAUUUUGUAAUUAUAUUUGAUUUUAGAUUCUUUUUGUUUGUAUAUAUUUAUUAUUUCCUUACCAAAGAAAUUUGUUUUGUAUAACAGCCUGAAAUUACGUUCCAUAAAGAGCUUACAGACGGCAUCAAGUGUAUUUUUGUUUUAAUAAUUUGUCAUGUAGUCGUUUGCAUAAAUGAGUAAAUUACCAAAAGAAGGAAAAUUCUACUAGGAUUGACUUAAUAUAUGUGGUUUAAACCCAAUACUUUAUAUAUAUAUCAUAAAACCAGUUUCUCUGAUAAUGAUUCAGUCGUAAGUUCCUCUCGGUUCUUAUUAUGCCUAUAUAAGUUGAGAUUGGAAAAUAUUCCAUUUGGGAGCAAUGAAAAUCGAAAAUGAAUGUGCAGCUUUUUUAUACCAUUCAUUGGUGUGUGUGUGUGUGCGUGCAGGAAAUCAGUGAAAUGUUCAGCUUAAUCUUCCUUCCAGCAGUACCAGUCACUGAGGGCAGAUCAUGUGUGUGUGUGUGUAUCUGCUCAAGAAUCUGUUUUUGACAGUUUCAUUGCUUCUCUUGUACCUGGAGUCUGUCUGUAUCUCAUGGUGUAGUUUAGAGGAUGGUUUGUACCUUUUCUCUCUGAGUGUUCUUGAUGAAGAAGUUCAGUGUGCAUCAAUAUUGUACAUGUAUUGGUUUCAGCAGGUCAGUGAGUGUACGUAUAGUAGACUCCAGAUUUAAUGCAAGAGUAGGGCUGAGAAUUUCCAUGUAAAAUGGAACUCUCGUUGAAUCAGGGGUUUACUGUACAAAUGUUUUUUCCGUUUUUUAAUAUGUUUAAUCUGUAAUAAAUAAAAACAAUUGCUUCAGGCAUUUUGAGUUAGCAUAAUUUUGCCCUCUCCCAGAUUUUUUCUUCUGAUGUAAUACAGUAGUUUAAUUUAAAGCUGGAGUUGAUUUUUAAAGAUUUUUUGUGCUUCACGAGACCCUCGGUUAAUAAUUUAACUUGUGUGUUUACCGAUAACUUAUGACAAUUGAAAGGAAAGAGGUGGAUCUGUUAUCGAGUCUUCCCAAACCACAAUGGCCAAAACAGAUGUAAUUUUUUUUUUUUUUGCUCUUGGGUUGGAGUACUGAGAGUAUUGUUAGAUCUCAGGGGAACGUUGUAUACUGUAGGCCUCGUACUGCCAAGAGAUUACAGCCUAUAAGUAUCCUAGAAUCUUUUAAUUGGAUUGUCAGUUCCAGUGUUGUAGAGACUAGUUCACUUUAAUAAGUUAUUCUGGUGUUAUAUUUCUGACCAGGAUUGAAGUUUGUUUGUCUGUCCUCAUCAAUUUGGGUUACUGAAUUUUUGACAGUCUUCUUGGCUUAUUCAUUGAGACUCGAGUUACAUGGCUCACUGACUUAGCUAAGGUGGUUGUGUUGACAGGAGCUUCAGCAUUCUAUAUAAUUCCCUGCCCAAGUUCAUUACCCCAGCCAGCCAGUCAUCUCGGAUCAUAGAGGACAAAGACUAUAAUUAUUUUAUGUUGGAAUAUUUCAAGAGCCAUAUGUUAUUAUCUCAUUAUUUUGUUCCAUUACUUCCAUUUGUAUACAUCUGUUAUGCACAAUAAAGGAAAGAUUGGUGAAGGAUUAUAACUUUUGGUGUGAAGAUAGGAUGGAGAGGAUUAAACUGUCUAAAAGAAGGAUUCAAUUGUUAGAUAUAGGAUUACAACAGAGAGAUAUUUAUAUAACGUACAUUAAAUACUUGAAAAUAGAAGAAUGAAUCAAUCGACUUUGUGAUCAGUAACUUGUCAUAAAGCAUUCGGGUUGUGUGUGUUUUUAUUCCGAGUUGAUGGAUUAAAAAAAAAAAUCUUAUGAAUCUCACUGGUGCUCCUGUUUUACCACCAAUAUUUCAGAAUGUACUAAAAAUUAAUUGAUGGAUUCUUUCAUAUUUUGGACUUUCUUUUCUCCCUUAAAAAUCUUAUAUAUUUGAAGCAAAACUCAAAGAAAGUGGAUUUUUUUUGCAUUGGUUCUAAAGUAAUGGUAAAUAUCAUGAUGCAGAUAUUACAAAAAAUGGGAAAUUUAAAUUAGAACUUAACUCUUCUGGGUCAUCUGCAUUUUGCUACUGUGCUGUACAAACAAGUGAAUAAAUUUCUUGUGUUGGUCGACGAACAAAUUGGUAUAUUUUGAGAAUGUUGUCUAAACGGAGAAAUUCAACGUUUAUCAUUUUCUUCUCCUUUUUGAUGUAUAUACGUUUCUUUUGUUGUGUUGUGUAUGUUUAUUUUGAGUAGCAGCCGGGGUGUUCUUUCUAAUUGUCAUGUCUUAACCCCUUAUGUACGGGUGCCCUCUGAGCUGAAGGAAGUAUUAAAAGUGGCGACCCCUUAGUGAAGGGGUUAAAUGAACUUAUUGAACUUCCCUCGGAAGUAAAAAAUUUUCACUUGUCAUAGAGAGACCACUGGGAAGGGAAAAGACCCCAUACAUGGAUGGUUUGGUUAAGGUAGUGUCUCGGUAAUUUAGUCUCGUUGUCCUUCAGAAGUUGAAUGGUUGCUUCAGGGAGAGUCAAGUAUUCAGGGAGCCACAGUACAUUGGUUUUGCUUGUAAGUUAUAGGAAACAUUUUUUGCCACAUUUCUGCCAUUUUUAUUGCUUACUGAGAGAUAUAUUUGUCUAAGUUUUGACUUGUAUGGGCACCAGUCAUUUGAAUUUAUUAUAUUCAGCUAUCAAGCAUAAUUCUUCAGUAUUACAAAGAUUUUCUUGAAAAUUUAAAAGCAUUGGAUUUAGUUGGAAGGAAUGUAACAAAUUGUGUGAUUCAGGUUUCUUAGAUAUGCUAAAUACAGAGCAAAAAAGCCAGUUUACAUUAUUGGGUAGUUCUCAGUAUGGCAUUAUCAUUACGGAGUUUUCUGUAAUGAGAUUACCGUAUUACCUUAUGGGGCUGCCCCUCCUGUGACCUGAUAUAUGGUGUAAGGUUAUCACUACAUGGUAAAUUAAAUAAUUUUUUGCUUUUGUUAAUGUUCGUUUUUUGUUGUUACUUUUUAUUUAGUUCCCAAACAAACGUUACAACUCUUAUUAUCCAUAUAUACGAGUAUUGUUCCUCAUUCUAUGUGCAUUAAAUUUAUUGUAAGAAUUUGUGGACUGGUCCAUUCUCAAGUGUCACUAACUAGUAACUAACCGAAUGGAGAUGUGACACUUUUUUACCACUGGCAAAGUCCAAAGCUGAGUGCUACCCCCUAUGUAAUAUGAAAAAAAAGGUACUGUAUUCUAGACUGUAUUAUUUUCUGAGAGAAGACCUAAUUUAUAUACCAGUAAUUCACAUUCUUCUUUGUUGUAAUGAAUGUACAGAAAACGA